UCGCAGACCUGGGUGAUACCAUUUGAAUUUUGUAUUACUUAAAGAGCAUUUAUUUUAAACAUUAACUUCAUAUGUCUCGUUAAAGAUGUAAAGUUACUGUUUAAUAAACUUCUUACUGUUUUAAAUAUAUAAGCAUGCAGUGUAGCACUUCCUCCUCCUCUCCUCCUGAGACCCCGCAGACGGGUGGAGACAGGGCAGAAUUUACCCAGCUGCCCUCUAAAGAUGUCUCAUUUGGGGGCAGCACGUCUGAGCUGAGUAGCCCCAAAGCACUGACCUUUGACCUCCUCAACAUGGUGAUUUCCUUCAAGUGGAUGGCCUUCUACCUGGAGCCCAUCACAGACACGGUUGAGGUAGUGCGGUACCUUCUUGGAUGGAGAAUGCCAUGGUGCUCCCUAUUGAGUUACAUCCUGCUCAACAUCCUCUUCUUAACUCUGAGCGAAGGCGUUUGGAUCUCUCUGCUUCUGCUUGGGGUCUCGGCUCCAGCCGUGCUGGGUUACCUGGGCGACCGCUGCAAGAGCGUCACCAGCGAGAUAGCGGCUCAGAGGAAGAAACACUAUGCGGUCCAGCGCAAAGACCUUCAGACGGUCCAAAUGAGCAAACAGGAAGCCAUGCUAGAGGUCAAGGGCAUGCUGAAACGCAUUGAUGACCUGUUGACCCAGACGUGUGUGUAUGCAGAAAUUGUGUAUAAGGUUUUGUAUUGGGAGAGCCAUGCAGUUUCCACGAUGUUUUAUGGUUCAGUGCUGACAGCGGUUUGUUUACUGUACACGGCUCCUGCGGGUUUAAGUCUGUCUGUACUCAACAGCGCCCUCUUUCUUUGGAACAAAGACUUCUGCAGAGUUCUUCUGGAGCUGAAGGAGUUUGUUUUCCCGAGUCGCGUCCAGCCAGCCGAAGAAACGGAACCGUUUGAUUCAGAUCAGGGCCAACUGCUGGACCGCACGCCCACUCCCACCAGUGUAGAGGAUCUGUCGCCUGGCAACAUUGAAGAGGCUGAGGAGGCGGAGCCUGAUGAUGAGUUUAAAGACGCAAUAGAGGAAACUCAGCUGGUGCUGCCGGACACUCCUCUGCCUUUAGUGGUGCGGUCGGUAGUCAAUUUGCUACCAAAGGUUUUGUGGAGGCGGAGACUCCAUAAGGACGAUGAAGACAUGUCAUCUGGUGCUCCUGAGUUUGACACCGUGUCUGAUAAUGGAUUGUUGAGUAGAAACGAGCCCAUCCGCAGUAAAGUCUCCAAACUUACAGAGAAACUACGCAAGCGGGUUCCUUCCAACACAGGAAACUGUUUCCAGUGUAAUUCAGCAUUUUCUGUUUUAAAGAAAAGGAGAAACUGCAGUAACUGCGGGGUCAGUUUCUGUUCUCGCUGCUGCUCACAUAAAGUGUUCAAGUCCACCAUGGGAGCCACAGCGCCUGAGGCUCAGAGAGAAACUGUGUUUGUGUGUUCUAUGUGUAAUACCUUCCUGAGCACCAAGUAGGUGACCCUCAUCCCCAAAUGACCACUGUAAACCUGUGCAAGCCCCUCAGUAUCAGGAACUAAAGGUGUGGGCUUCAAGAUGACUGCUUUUACCUUCGUCAUGGAAUAUUUGACAUGGAGGACCAAAAUCUUGAGUUGGAUGCUGCCUUUGUUUUUCCCUUCUCCCAAAAAAGACUAAACGCACUCCUUGACUUCUGCUUGGUGACAUUUUCCUUGGGACAUAUUCCCUAGUCAAACCCAAUACUUACACCAAAGUUAAUUGUUGCUCGAAUACUUUGACGUGUACUAAAAUAUCAGUUCUGUUAUUUGGCCAUCCCUCACUAUGAAAUCACUUUGCAUAUCUGCCCUUGAUUGGAUAUCAGGGGUAUAUUAACGGCCAUGUUAAUUGGCAAUAUUGUCAUUUGUGUUUCUGCAUCAAACCCAAUGUUGUUCUGAGCAUUUUACAUCAUUGUAUGUCAGUUUACAUAAAUUUACUUAGAUUUAUGAUUUUGGGAAAAUGCGGCUCAGACGAGGUGAUAUAUAUUUUUUCAUUAACCCUUUAAUUUAACUCUGAUUUCUAUCGGUUGUGUUAUUGCUAUUAUUUGUGAACCUUUUCAGUACAACCACUUCUCCACUAAUCAGAAUAUUGCCAUUGGAUUAUCGGCCAAUCGGUGUACUGUGAGAUCUUAAUGAAAUAUGAUAAGGGUGAAUUUUCCAUUUAGAUUACUUUAUUACAUCAUGAAAUGCUGUCUUUGGUGAUGUAACAUUUCCUUUGGUCAACUUCUCCGUAUUACCUGCCGCCGUUAUCAUAACUUAAUCUUAAAUACAUUGUGAUUAUUUCUCUUGUUCAUAUUUUUGUCUUUUGUGUUAUUGUAUUUGUCGAUCUGAUUGUUUUUAAGCCGAAGCUGAAUGUAAAAUCAGUGUUUAAGCGGUUAAAACCGUACAUGUACAGUUUAUCUAAGGUACCCUGUAGCCUAUUUAUUUGAUCAUGUCAACUCUCAAAUGUCCAAUCUGUUGGGUUUUAGUAGCCUAGAUUGUAUAUCAACCAUCCUAUUUCGCUGGUUAAAUCUAUGCUAUUACAGUAAUAAACUUUCUCGGUAUGAAA